AUGGAGGCUGUCAAUGAAAUUGCCUACAAAAUUGCCAAUGUCCCAACCCGCACUGUAGCCCUAUUUCCCAACAGAGCGCAGGUUUUGCGAGAAAUAAACGCCAUUAAGCUCAAGCCCGGCAUCAAUGAAGUCACAAUCAGCGGCCUCAGUCCAACGCUGGACGAGGAUUCAGUCAAGGUCGAGGGAACCGGCUCCGCCAUCAUCACAGACAUCUCAGUCGAGGCGCUGCCCAACAAAAACAACUUCCAAGACGUCUACCCCGACGAGGACUCCUCCGAAGACGACAACAGCGAAGAGGAGCAGGAUCCCGAGCCGGAGGACCUCCGCGCCGCCCGGCGUCGCGUCACGGAGCUCGAGGAUGACAUGCGCCUCGCAAAAGACGCCCUCGACAGCAUCGACCGGCGGCAGAAGAUCAUGGACGCCCGAAGCGACGGCCCCGACACGAUGGAGCAGGACAAGGGCGCCCGGCUCGCCGAGCUGCUAGCCGCGUACCGCACCGAGCGCGCCGCCCUCUUCCGCGAGCAGCUCGCCGCCAGGCAGUCGCAGCGCCUCGCGCAGGAAACCCUGGACACCGCGAAGGCGCGCCUCCGCGCUCUGCAGCGCGCCGCGCUGAGGGAGUCGCGGGAGAGCCGCAAGGCGCACCGCCGGCGUCGCGAGCGCGAGCGGCGGCGGCGCGCCGACCGGAGCGAGGAGAGGGAGCGCAUCCGGCGGGAGCGUGUCAAGUUCUGGCCGAAAUACUGCUACUCGGUCAAGGUCACGCUUGAGCUCGGGGUCGUGACGCCGCUGUCGUCGCGUCGGCAGUCCGUGGCCAGCGAGACCGAGGCGAUGCACCCAGCCACCGGCAGUGGCGAGACGGCCUUGCCGGACGGCGGCGUCGUAUGCAGCCUGCGCCUCUCGUACGUGACGUCGGCGGCCGGGUGGACGCCCAGCUACGACCUGCAAUUGUCGACCGCCGCCGGCGCGCCGGCGACGCUCUGCUUUGACGCCAAGGUGUCCAACCACACGGCCGAGACGUGGCGCGACUGCCGCAUCUCGCUGUCCACGUCCGACGCCGCGCUCGCCGCGGCCGACGCCGGUCUACCCGAGCUAGAGCCGUGGCACAUCCGCCUCGCCGGCAAGGACGGCCACGUCGGCCCGGUGGCGGGUGGAAACGGCGCCGGUGAGGAUCGCAUCACUCGGAGCCGGCGAGAGGAGCACGAGAGCGUGGCGUUUGCGGCUGCGCUGAAAAGGCGCGUCGCCGAGGGCAAGCCGAGGGACGACAUGUUCGGCCUGACCUCGUCGUCGCACAAUCGCGAAAUCGAGUCCGCCUGGCUCAAGAAGCGCCCCGCAACGACCACCUCCACUGACGGCGGCCGCGCUCCGAUGAGGCCGGCAUUAAUGCUAAAGAGGAAGGCGACGAGGCUGCUACAGCCCUCGAGAGAUUUGCUGCCGGAAUUCUGCGAGGAUGAUGUCACAUCAGACGCCUUUUCCGCCGCUGCUCCCGUCACCCCGCCGGCGCAGGCGGAGCUGCCCACGCCCAAGGUCGACUUUGAAGACUCCCUCGUCGAGGAGGCCGGCAUGGCCACCAGCUACGACCUGCCCGGCCCGCGCACGCUCGCACCCAAGUCCGCCGCCUCCAAGCAGCGCGUCGCGCGCGCCGCCCUGCCCUCCGCCACGCUCGGCCACGUCGCCGUCGCCAAGUACCGCCCCGCCGCGCGGCGCCGGCGACGCCUUCACGGUCAGCCUAGGCGCGGACCCGGCGGUGCGGGUGUCGUACGCCCGGCCCGAGGUGCGCCGCGCCGGGGCCGGUGGCGGGAUGUUUGGGAGCAAGGAGAGCAGCUCGGUGUUUGCGCGCGCGGUGACGGUGCACAACACGCGGAGCGGUGCGGGGCAGCAGCCGGCGAGGCUGCGCGUGCUGGAUCAGGUGCCAGUGUCGGAGGACGAGAGGCUUAG